ACGUCGGGCGGUCGGGGGCGGUAACGCACUCACGUCGGGGCGGCUGGCUGGCCUUGUGUGGGAGCCGGGAGACAGCGAGACGGCAGGGGGCGGGAGCAGGAGCAUGAACGAUCCAUCUGGGGACCCUCAGCAGCUGUCAGUAUAAUCUAUACGAGACAUUAUCCAAAAUGCUGUGCUGUCAGGCAUCAAAAUUGGUGAAGAUGCUCGCAUUGUCGUCCAGUAGAAUAUGUAUGGUGAAACGGUGCUCGUGGCAACGAGUGCAAGAGCUAUCCUGUUUGGUUGCACAUCAAAAAGACAGAUGGUCAAACAGCAAUAGACACAUGCUCACUUUUCCUCUGAGUGAGGGAAUUGGAAUGUAUGGACAUCCCUCAAUUUGUCACACAAGGAUGCUGUCAUUGGCUUCGUGCUUGUCUGCUGCAGCAGUUUCAGCUCCUCGCUUUGGCUGGUAUGAGAAUGUUUCUGACUCGAUGCCUGUUCACUUGAUGGAGAACGUAUUGACUAAUGUGCAGCAAACCACAGGACUGCCAUGGUGGGCAAGCAUCAUUUGCACAACCGUGGCAUUACGAGCAACUGUGACUCUCCCACUUGCUGUUUAUCAAACGUACAUUAUUGCCAAGAUUGAAAAUCUACAGCCUGAAAUUGCAGAGCUAGCCAAGCGAUUACGUUAUGAAGUAUCCAUACGUGCAAAGCAAGUUGGGUGGUCAGAAAAUGUGGCUCGUUUCCAUUUCAGGAAAAAUAUGAAAAGGAUCAUCUCGGAGCUCUACGUGCGUGACAACUGUCAUCCUUUCAAAGCAAGUCUUCUCAUCUGGGUCCAGCUGCCACUCUGGGUUUUCAUCUCCAUCGCUUUGCGGAACCUGAGUCUAGCAGCAUCUGAUUCUUCAGCAGUAUCUGUGGCUCAGAAUCUAUCAGUGGGUGGUGUACUUUGGUUUCCUGACCUGACUUUGCCUGAUUCUACCUGGAUAAUGCCUAUUUCAUUGGGGCUCAUUAACCUUUUAAUCGUUGAGAUCGUUGCCCUCAGGAGAGCUGAAUUGUCAAAAUUUCAGAAAUGCGUCACGUACAUGAUCCGUGGAUUUUCGGUGCUCAUGGUCCCAAUUGCUGCAACCGUGCCCUCAUCAAUGGCUCUCUAUUGGCUGACAUCCAGCUGUGUGGGUCUUGGACAGAAUUUGCUGCUGCGUGCUCCCAACCUUCGCACAUUGUGCCGGAUUCCCAAGAUGAAGUCUGAUUCAGACACUCCCUUCAGAGACUUAUCAGCAGCAUUUCUUGCAAAAUAUUUAUCUCGGAAAUGAUCAAGUGAAGAUAUAUGUCGAAUGCAAUUUGUAACUGAAUAGGAUGCACCAUCUUUUACUGACAUUUGUAGGGUAAAGUGUGUUAGACAUGCUCUGCACUCAGGAGUUGUGCAUGUAUGAGAGAGACCAUGUGCUCUGCAAGUCCCUAAGGGACUGAGAUUAUUAAAGAUGCUUGGUUUUUAUUUUUCUUCCACAUCCAUUGCUUAGCAAAGAAGGUGAACAGAAACCAAAGGACAAAAUGAUUGCACAUCACUGUACACAAUUAAUUUGCGUCAUAAAUAUGUAUUGAUGAUUACUUGGGGAUGUUAUUGGGUUUUAUUUCCCUAUUUGUCUGUGAAGACUGCAUGUCAGUUAUUGCAUGCAUCCAUCUUCCAUGUGGCUGAUUAGACAGGGUAUCUCAGUGUCUGGAUUGCUUGUGAUGAUGAUCCAUAAUUUACUGUUCUUAUAUUUUUAUACACCGUUUCCAUUUCCUUCUCUUGAAAUGUGUCCUGAUAACUUCCCCUCAAGUUUGUUUCAUUGGUUGAUUUAAGUUUUCACGCAGUCAGAAUUGCAAUCGUCUUGACAUUAAAUCAGAAGGAUUCUUUUCUGAGCAGCACUAGACUUUUACCAUCACUUCAAAUAAAUGUCAACAAUGUUUUGAA